UGAAUUUUACCUUGAGUAACCAGUUCAUCUAUAAACAUCUUCAAGUCAUCAAUUAUGGGUAUUAUUGAUUCUAUUACUACCAUGCUCGGCUGGGGACCGGCAAUUGUCGAACCCCAGCGCGUGCCCACCGAUGAGGUGUUGCCUAUGCACUAUCUUGACGACAACUCACUGAACCGCUCCAUUUUUCUCGCGUGGACUUUGCGCUUCAAUGACGUUCUUGACGCCGACAAGCUCCACAACGGUUUGUCACGGUUGCUGGAGAUUGGCGACUGGCGAAAACUCGGGGGGAGAAUCAGGAAAGGUUCCAAUGGCAAGCUCGAGAUCCACGUUCCGUCGGAGUUCACGCCAGAACGACCUGCGGUACGGUUCACCAAGGAGACCUUUGGUGUCUCGUUCGCUGAGCACCCACUGGCCUCACAAAUGCCCGAGGCGACGAGUGACAUCCAUAUUUAUGACAGCCCUGAGAGGUUCCGGGAGUUUGUCGGACCCGCGGACACGACACCUGGGGGCAUGGAUGACUACUUGUACACCGAUACGCCUCAGCUCGGUCUGCAUGUGGUAACCUUUUUAGAUGCAACUUUGGUCUCAAUCAACUGGCCGCACACAAUGACGGAUGGUUUUGGCCGACGGGCCAUCAUCAAUAAUUGGUGCAAGGUUCUCGCUGGGAAGGAGGACGAAGUUGCCCCUCUCAUGGGCACGCGCGAGGACCCCUUGGCCAGCGUGGGGACCGGCCCGCCACAUGAGAAGGAGGAGCCAUAUGCCCUCAAGGACCAGAAUCUGAGCGGCCUCGGCUUGGCCCGAUUUGUUGCGCUCUCCAUUUGGGAUAGUUUUUGGGUCCCCGAGCAGAUGCUCAAGACGGUCUUCCUCCCCGCAAGAGCCAUGGCUAUUCUAAAGCAGCAAGCAGCAGAUCACCUGGCAGAGGCCGACGUCAACGAACACGGCACAGCUGUGAGCAGCCGGGCAGCCAUACCGACAACGCCAUUUGUCAGCGACAGUGAUGUCUUGACAGCCUGGCUGACCCAGAUCACCUGCCGUGCCUCCGGGUCCUCGAGCCGCCCGAUCGCCUUGGGCAAUGUCUUCGAGCUGCGCAGCCGCCUCCCAGACGUCUUUGACUCUUCCGCCGCCUAUGUGGGCAAUUUCGUCUGCUCAGCUCCGGCCCAUUUGACCGCAGAUGAGGCACGCUCUUUGCCACUGGGCCAAAUCGCCCUUCGGUUACGCCAGUCGCUCGCGAGCCAGGUGACCGAGGGCCAGGUCAGGGGUCGGAUGCGCUUUACCCGCGAGGCCGGGAACAGUCCGGUCCUGCCCAUCAAGCCAAACAGCAUCCUUUUGUCAUGCAGUAACUGGACCAAGGCUAAGUUCUUCGACGCCAUCGACUUUGCCCCUGCCGUCGUCAAGCCAGGCCCCAAGAGCGACAUCGCGCCUGUCCCAGGAAAGCCGGUUUACUUCCAUGCCAUCAGUACUAAGCAGGACCCACCCUGGAUCAGGAACGUAUUUAAUGUGCUGGGGAAGGACCACGCGGAUAAUUAUUGGAUAACAGCGAAGCUGCCGCCCGUGGUCUGGGAGAACAUUCAUAAGGAGAUUGCAAAGCUAUAUCAAUAGUUUC